AUGAGUAGUACUAGUAGUAAGAAAAGGUUCAAUCUCAUUCAUCUUGAAGAGACUGCAGUGGACUUGUUGAACCAUGUAGUGAAAGUGAAGGAGAAGAAGGGCUGGAUUUCACUCCUCUUUCCACUCAUUUUGAUUGCUUGGGCUAUUCACAGAUGGUUAUUCUCUUUCUCCAAUUGGUUUCCCCUUGCCCUUGCUCUAUGGGCAUCUAUGCAAUAUGGGAAGUAUCAGCGCAAACUACUUGAGGAAGACUUGAAUAAAAAAUGGAAUCGGAUCCUACUCAACACUUCGCCAGUGACACCAUUGGAACACUGCGACUGGUUGAAUCUGCUAUUGACACAAAUUUGGUCCAACUAUUUCAACCCCAAGUUCUCAAGAAGGUUAUCGGCCAUAGUUGAGAAACGUUUAAAGCUCCGAAAACCAAGAUUUAUAGAAAAAGUUGAGGUGCUAGAGUUUUCACUUGGAUCAUGCCCCCCAAGUUUGGGUCUUCAAGGGAUGCGAUGGUCAACCUCUGGUGAUCAGAGAGUCCUGAAAAUGAGUUUUGAGUGGGACACAAGCGAAAUGAGCAUUUUGAUGCUUGCUAAGCUUUCCGUUGGAACAGCCAGAAUUGUGAUUAACAAUCUUCAUAUCAAGGGUGAGCUUCUGGUGACUCCAAUUCUAGAUGGAAAUGCACUUCUGUAUUCAUUUUCAUCCACACCUGAGGUGAGAAUAGGAAUUGCCUUUGGAAGCGGAGCAAGCCAAUCAGCCACUGAGUUGCCUGGGGUUUCUCCAUGGCUGGAUAAACUUUUUACUGAUACGUUGGUUAAAACCUUGGUGGAACCUAGACGCCGUUGUUUCAGUUUGCCUGUGGUUAAUUUGAGGAAAACUGCUGUUGGAGGCAUUAUAUAUGUGUCAGUGAUUUCAGCACACAAACUUUCUUGGAGUUGCUUCAAGAGUAGCCGAUCUUUGAGGCAACAGAAUAGCACAGUCAAUGGACGUUCAGAAAGCAACCUGGAUGACAAGGACCUGCAGACAUUUGUUGAGGUAGAAGUGGAGGAAUUGACAAGGAGGACGGGUCUGAGCCGUGGUUCAAAUCCAACGUGGGAUACAACAUUUAAUAUGGUUUUACAUGAUAAUACAGGAAUUGUUCGCUUCAAUCUUUAUGAUCAUCCCUCUAGCGGUGUAAAGUGUGACCACCUAGCAAGUUGUGAAAUCAAGAUGAGGUAUAUUGAAGAUGAUUCAACAAUAAUGUGGGCAAUAGGACCUGAUUCUAGUGCAAUAGCAAGGCAUACAAAGAUUUGUGGAGAUGAAGUUGAAAUGGUUGUCCCAUUUGAGGGGACCAACUUAGCGGAGUUAAAGGUGAAGAUUGUAGUAAAAGAGUGGCAGUUUUCUGAUGGUUCACAUAGUUUGAACAACCUCCCUACUAAUUCUCAGCAAUCACUUAUUGGAUCAUCUACUCUUCAGUCAAAAACUGGAAGGAAACUUAAGAUAACAAUUUUAGAAGCAAAGGAUCUCGCUACAAAAGACAAAUCUGGAAAAGUCAACCCAUACAUUAAAUUGCAAUAUGGAAAGGUUCGUAAGAGAACAAAGGUUGCUCCUUCUACUACUACUACUACUUCAAAUCCUGUAUGGAAUGAAUCAUUUGAUUUUGAUGAGAACGAUGGUGAUGAAUACCUAAAUGUAAAAUGCUUUAGUGAAGAAAUUUUUGGAGAUGAAAAUAUUGGUAGUGCAAAUGUAAAUUUGGAAGGACUGGGGGACGGAUCAAUGAAGGAUGAAUGGAUCCCUCUUGAAGGAGUGAGUUCUGGUGAAUUAAGACUUAAAAUCGAAGUAGUUAGGGUGGAGGACCAAGAAGGAUCAAGGGGUUCAGCUAAUGGUUGGAUAGAACUUGUUGUGAUUGAAGCAAGAGAUCUUAUUGCUGCAGAUCUUCGUGGGACAAGUGAUCCUUAUGUGAGGGUGAACUACGGAAACUUGAAGCGAAGGACAAAGGUUAUACACAAAACUCUCAACCCUCGUUGGAACCAAACCUUAGAGUUCCUUGACGAUGGUAGUCCCCUGACACUGCAUGUUAGGGACCACAAUGCCUUACUACCCACAUCAAGUAUAGGGGAAUGUGUUGUAGAAUAUCAAGGGUUGCCUCCAAACCAGAUGUCUGACAAAUGGAUACCUCUCCAAGGGGUGAAAAGUGGCGAGAUACACAUCCAAAUAACAAGAAAAGUUCCGGACAUGCAAACAAGAAGUUCUCUAGAUUCUCAACAAUCUUCGUCAAGUAAAUCACGCCAAAUUCCUACCCAGAUGAGGGAGAUGUUGAAAAAGUUUCGAUCAUUAAUAGAGGAUGGAAAUCUUGAAGGACUGACUACAACUUUAAGUGAAAUAGAAAGUCUAGAGGAUACACAGGAAGGGUACAUAGCACGGUUGGAGACCGAGCAAAUGCUUCUUCUCAGCAAAAUAAAUGAACUGGGUCAGGAGAUCCUCAAUUCUUCGUCUCUCACUUCUAGUGCUUCUCAAAGUGGAACUAGGUGA